CAUGGUAACAUGGUAAAGAUAUUAGCAAACAUGAUGUAACUUUUGGCAGAUCCAGCUAAAGACAUGAGCAAACCAAUCGACUGUCGCGGACUCUGUUUGCCCACACACUCCACCAGGCCCAGACCAGACCGACCCCUCCCAAAAGUCUAACACAAUUUGGAUGAAUGAAAGUACGAGUAUAUUUGGCCAAGAUAGAGACCAGCGACAGAGGCAGAGGCAGAGACAACGACAGCGAUGGGCCCAUAAUGUUGACACCAGAAAUUAGCAGCUCUCCGCACGAGCCCAAGACCAAGACCAGACCACCAGGCCAGCAGACCACCAGGCCAGAAGCAUGUAUAAAAACCUAGUUGUCAUGGCACUUGGAAUUAAGUACCAGCCCAACAUCUAUCACAUCAGCAGCAAUCUACUCGCACCAUCCCAGCCAAAAGAUGAAUUUCCUCAGCCUCGCCCUCAUCGUUGUCGUCUGUGCCGUGAGCAGCAGUUGGAGCCUUCCCGUGGAGUUGGAUACCGGCGCCAUCAGCCUGCUGGACUUGGAGGCAGAACAACAACCGCUUGUGGAUGAGACAGAGGCCGAACGUGUGGCACGUGGACUGGGCGGCUUUGGCGGGCUCGGUGGCAAAUUUGGCGGCCUGGGAGGAGGACUGGGUGGGCUCAAGGGAGGAUUUGGCGGAGGACUGGGACACGGCUUUGGCGGCGGCUUCGGCGGACAUGGCUUUGGCGGCGGCUUCGGUAGCUUCAAAGGACUGUUUGACAAGAAAUUCCGAUAGCUCCGAUGAUCGCGAUAUCCUAGCUGUAGAUCAUGUUUAUUUUGUAAUAAAUUUUGUUUAAGUGAAA